AUGUCGUCUGCUCAGAAGGUCCUCCUCCUCAUCGGACCCCCCGGUUCGGGAAAGUCUACCUUUGCCAAGGCCCUCACCAAAGUCUUUCCCAACUUUGUCCGUAUUAACCAGGACGAUUUGGGCGACAGACAUGCCUGCGAGGAGCUGACAAUGUCCGCCCUCCAGGCCAACAACCGGACCCAAUCCGUUGUUAUCGACCGCUGCAACUUUGACCAGGACCAACGCAAAGUCUGGAUCAACAUUGCCUCUCAGCUCUCCAUCCCCGAGGUCGAUGUUAUUAUUAUGGAUACCGAAUUCUAUGACUGCAAGAAGCGUAUCCUUGCUCGCAGCAACCACCCGACCCAGGUCGAGGGAGCCCAGGGAGUCGAUGUCCUCUACAAGUUCAUGGAGAUGUUGACCCUCCCCACUUACUUUGAGGGCAUCACGAAGAUCAUGCGUUUGGAACCCCAGGCGACGGCAGAGUACUCGGACGAGGCUGUCAAAGAGAUCAUGGAGAACUUGUCCAAGGUCGAGAAGCCCGAAAACUUGCAGGCCCCCCGCUGGCAGAAGGAGGAUUAUUACUUCAAGACCCAGUACCACCGUGACGAGGAGGCUUACCGUGCUCGCAAGGCUGCCCAAUACGCUGCUUCGCAACAGACUCAGAAGACUACUGGUCAUAAGGCAGGAUUGGAGGUUGAUGAGGAAGGGUUUGCGGUCAAGAAGCGUCCUGGACAGAAGGAUGAGCAACUCUCGGCGCCUGCCCCUGUUCGCCCCCCACUCUUCGGUGCUGCCGGUGGUGGAUGGAGAGCCCGUGAGGCUGCCAAGCAGCAGGAAAAGGCCCAGCAGGAGCCCAAGAAGUUUGGACCUACCCUUUACGAGGUUCCUAAGCCUGCCGUCACCAACCCCUUCGACCUCCUCGGCGACGACGAGUAA